CUCUGUUGUGCUAUUUCCUGUCUGCUACCAACCUCUCACUUCUUACUACCUCUUCCGUUAUGGUCGGAAUGGAUGUUGUACAAGCCUCGAACACCGCCUUAGUCCAAAGCCAGCCUUUAGUUGCUGUCUUCUUCGGCGGUACCUCAGGCAUUGGUCACUACACUCUGCGUGCCUUAGCGACCGCUGAAGCUACGAAUGGCAAAGGGUUUCGGGCAUACAUCGUGGGUAGAAAUGCCAAAGCAGCCGAAGAGAUCAUCGCAGAAUGUCAUGGCAUCUACCCGCAAGGCCAGAUCAAAUUCGUCCAGACAGAUGACAUCUCUUUGAUCCAGGAAGUCGAUCAAGUCUGCGCAGAAAUUAUCCAGCUUGAAGAAGAGCAGAACCAGGACCCCAGAAUCGAUUACUUGAUGCUGUCACAGGGAGGACCUAUCUUUCUCCCACGGAAAGACACCAAAGAAGGCAUCGAUGUCACCAUGUCCUUGAUGUACUAUUCUCGCAUGAGAGCCAUCAUGAAGCUACUGCCACUGUUACUAAAAUCUACUCUUCCCGCUAAAGUGGUUUCAGUCUAUGCGGCGGGACUUGAGGACAAGCUCUACCUAGACGAUCUCUCACUUCGUGAUUUGUCACAUUACAGCUACUCACAAGCUCGGUCACAUAUGAUAUAUAUGCACACGUUGUUCAUGGAGACUUUGGCUGAGCAGCAUCGAGGGAAGCUCAGUCUCAUACACAUUUUCCCCGGCCUCGUAUUGGGACCUGGCUUCGAUAAGCAAGAUAUGCCUCCCUGGUUCAAGCUGCUGUGGCGUUGGAUUUUUGUCCCCGUCUUAGCGCCAUUUGUUACGGUGCCACCGACGGAGUGCGGUGACAGGAUGUUGAGCCUUGCAUCGCCGCGCUAUCCACCACGAGCAGUUAACUUUUCGGAGACCCAGGAGGAGGCUGCUGUGGGGACAGACGGUACGCAUGGGAGUGGUGUCUACUCUCUUAGUCAGAAGGGUGAGACCAAUUACAACAACAAGGCUUACCAGAAGAUUGAUAAGGAUGAGAUGCGGCAGAGGGUCUGGGAGCAUACAAUGAGUGCUUUUGGAGCUAUUGAGGCAGGAAAAGUAUUUACCGAUUGACUUGUUCCAGGCUGUGACUUGCAGACUGCGAUGGUUGGAUGUUCCGAAGCUGUUUUGUGAUGACCUCUGCAAUCUGGAAGCGAUCUUGCUAUUGCAUUUUCUUGUAGUAGUCUCGCAUAGUAUAAAUACGAGUCACUAUAGUAGUAUUUGGUGUACACACUAUCGAUUAGAUAGUAUGACACAGCUUUAUGC